AUGACAAUCGCCAGUCAGUCUAUUGAAGAAUUCAAAGAAUGUUUGUAUCAGAUGCAAGAAGCAAGGAAAUUGGUAACAAAGGAGAUACUCACAACAGGACAUAUCAAUGCAGAGAAAGUACAAAUAUUCAAAAACACACUAGAGGAAAUGCGCGACGAAAGAACCUCUAAAAAUCACAUCAGAGACAUUCACUCCAGAGGCACCACGUUUGGUAUCAACAUUCAAGAUGAGAUCAAAGGAUUACAGAAAGAUCACGAAUUCUUAGACGCGUUUGCCCUGGAAAGUGAAAAAGAAGAGUCUUUUAACGACAGAUUAAAGUUGAGUGAUCUGCCAGGUCUCCUAUCGAAAUUCAGCAAAGACAGAGAAAGUUUUGAUGCGGAAGUUAUAAAAUGUAGAGCAUUUUUAUUGGAUCUGAUUGAUACACAAGUUACCGGGAAGAAGCCAUUGUUCAUCACGGAUUGGGAUGGAACUAUGAAAGACUAUUGCUCACAGUACGCCACUAACCUACAGCCAGCAUACAGUGCAAUUGUCAUGGGAGUCUUUGCUAGACACUUCACCAGAGCCUUCGCUGUCUUAACCGCCGGCCCACUCCGUCACCCUGGUAUCCUUGACCUAACAGCUAUCCCUAUCGAUGGACCGGUGCUGUUCAGUGGAUCAUGGGGACGUGAAUGGUGGAUUCAUGGGCGGCGAGUAGUUCAUGAUGACGGGAUCCCUGAAGAAGGAACCGUAGCGAUUGGACAACUCUACGAGCAGCUGGAAGAAAUAUUACACGAAGGAGAAUUCGUUCAAUUUGCAUUGGUUGGAAGUGGUGUUCAGAAGAAAGUGGAUCGUCUCACUCUGGGAGUUCAAACCGUUUUUGGUCAAGUACCCGAAGACCUCUCCGCCAGAUACAUUGAUGCAGUAAGAGAGCGGAUUCAUCGUGUUGACCCGAAUAGUCAGUACCUAGUUCUGGAAAACUGCUCGCCAUUGGAAAUUGAAGUUUGUGUACAUUCAUCAGGCGCAGUAUGGAACAAAGGAGAUGGUGUUGCAGCUUUGGUAGAGUCAAACAAUGAUUCUUUGAAAAUCGGAAAAGUUUGUGUUGCCGGAGAUACUGCUAGUGAUGUCCCAAUGUUACAGAAAGCAGCAGAAGAGAAUCCAGAUGAAGUCCGAGCGCUAUUCGUCAAUGUCAGUAUGGAACUUCAAAAAACGAUUGUCAACAUAGUCGGCGAUACAUCACGCACCUGUUUCAUUUCCUGUCCUGAUGUUGCGCAUGCGGCGUUCGCUCAAAUCAUUUGUGAACUGGCUGCAUAA